CGGACAGCCUGCGCGCCUCGCUGCCUACAGUUCAGCGUCUCGCGUCGCGCUGUAGUACGCUGCUUUCGCGUGACUACCUACCACACUAGUGCUUCUGACAUUCUACCGGGCCUAUAUCGGAAGCAUCAAAGAUCCCAUCAGCGGUCAAAGUUUGGUGCCGGCCUGUACCUGGAUAACGCUGUACAUUCCUGCCAACGAUACUAUUUAACGUUAGCUGACAGCAUGAAUGGACCCGGACAGAAUGAAGACAACAGUAAAUAUCCAAAGAGAAGUAAUUCAUCUGGUUCCAGUGGCCGAAGCUUGCCUCCACAAAAUGCUACAGAGACUACAACAUUGUCACCAGGAACUCAGCAGACAUACUUCUCAGAAGAAAAAAUUACUAUACCAGAUAUAGAUGGUGAUUCCUGGUUUAGUUUCAGAAAACUAUGGGCUUGUACUGGCCCUGGAUUUCUCAUGAGCAUUGCAUAUUUGGAUCCUGGAAAUAUUGAAUCGGACUUGCAAUCUGGAAGUGUUGCACAGUAUAAACUAUUAUGGGUGUUAAUGUCAGCUACUAUGCUUGGUCUGGUAAUGCAGAGGCUCUCAGCACGUCUUGGUGUUGUCACUGGCCUUCACCUAGCAGAAAUGUGCUAUCGCCAGUAUAGAAAAUUGCCUCGAAUAUUUUUGUGGAUAAUGGUAGAAGUUGCCAUUAUUGGUUCAGAUAUGCAAGAAGUUAUUGGUACAGCCAUAGCCAUAUAUCUUUUGUCAAAUAGGGUAGUCCCACUUUAUGUGGGUGUUCUAAUAACUGUUGUUGACACAUUUACUUUUUUGCUGCUCGACAAGUAUGGACUUCGCAAACUAGAGAUGCUCUUUGGUUUUUUAAUUUCUAUUAUGGCUGUUACCUUUGGUUAUGAGUAUGUUGUUGUGGCACCUGAUCAAGGAGAAGUUGUGAAAGGUCUGUUUUUUCCAUGGUGCACAAACUGUGACAGCACAGCAUUACUCCAAGCAGUUGGGAUUGUUGGAGCAGUCAUUAUGCCACAUAACCUGUACCUGCAUUCAGCAUUAGUCAAGUCUCGAGAAGUCGACCGAAGGAAGCCAGAGAAAGUCCGUGAAGCAAAUAAAUACUUCUUCAUCGAAGCUUGCAUUGCAUUGUUUGUGAGUUUCAUCAUCAACAUUUUUGUGGUUUCAGUAUUUGCAAAAGGAUUGUAUAUGAAAACGAAUGAAGCUGUGUAUGAUCAGUGUGUGUCGAGCAACAAUAUACAUUAUGAUGUUUUUCCGAACAACACUCAAUUGGUAGAUGCUGAUAUUUAUAAAGCUGGAGUCUUCUUGGGGUGUUAUUUUGGCAUAGCAACAAUGUAUAUAUGGGCAGUUGGCAUUUUAGCAGCUGGGCAGUCGAGUACUAUGACUGGAACAUAUGCAGGACAGUUUGCAAUGGAGGGAUUCCUGAAUCUACAGUGGUCAAGGUGGAAACGAAUCCUCUUCACAAGGACAAUUGCCAUUGUCCCAACAUUCUUUGUAGCAUUUUACAGUGAAAUAAAUGAACUAUCUGGCAUGAAUGACUUGUUAAAUGCUAUAAUGAGUCUACAAUUACCAUUUGCUACUAUACCAACAAUAGCAUUUACGAGCAGUCAAAAAAUUAUGGGUGAAUUUCAAAACGGAAUUGUAAUGAAUACAAUAUCCAUUGCAUUAUCAGUUGUUGUUAUCACUAUAAACAUUUACUUUGUUGUUCAUACGACGACAGAAUCUGUAACUGGCUGGUACUGGUACAUGCUGAUAUGUAUAUAUGCAGUAUUUUACUUGGUCAUGUGUGUAUAUUUAAUUAUGCACAUGAUGAACAGUAUGGCUCCAGGCAAAUUUGGUAACACAUUUAUUGCUAGACUGACAGAAGGGCCAGUCCCGGGGGACUUUGGAUUAAAUGGUGAUAAAUCAAGAAGCCUCUCAUCAUUUUCCAUCCAAGAUGGUCAACAAGCAGUGAGCACAGUUGUUACUUCUAAUAUGUAUAGUUAAAUUAUGGACUUCUGUUAUUAUAUUAGAUUUUACUGAAACUGUACAUGUGUUUAAUCUUUCUAGAUAUGUUUCCUUGUACAUAAUAUCAGCAAAAUAUUUUUUUAAAGUACUUAAGAGGCACAGCAGAAAAGUAAUGUAGCAGUCUUUAUAAAAGCUAUACAUAUUAAUUAUGUACCAUUCAGAGUUAUGUUACAAUGUUUGGAAAAUUUUCCUGCCCAGUAGUCAUGCCAGAACUCUUUGCAUUCUGUUCACAUUCAACUGGUCUUAUACAUAGUACCAAAAUAGUGACUGUAAUAGUGAAUGGUCAGUUUAAGGACGGAAAACAUAAUUAUUUGCUCAGUCAUAUUUGUAAAUUGAGUUUGAGAAAAAGGGGAUGGGAGUGACUUGGGAAGGAGGAGAACCUAUGAGUUGCACUGUGUAUCCAAAAUUAAGUUACAGAGUGCACUGUUUAACAACAUAUUUUGCAUCACUCUAGUUAGUGCAGUUUUUUGCAACUUGUAAUUAGCUAGCUCUAUAUUGAAUAUUUGAAGCACUUCAUACUUCAAAUAUGUAAAGUUCUGUGAGGAAUUUUUUAUGUGGUGUACCAAAAUUGUAUCUACAAAUCUGGGAUAGUUGGGAAGUUGAAGACAGUUGUAAGGAUGGCUGUCAUAAAACAAGUGGGAGUUCCUUUUGUUUUUCAUUUCCCCCCUUUUGCGAGUUCUUUUUAUUUUCUUUUACUCCUCACAUGGUAGACUGACUUGAAAACCAGUCCCUACUUAUUCCCUGAGGUAUGUCACUGUGCAUUUUUAUUGGUUUUUAAUGUGCAAGAUUUUCCAAAAACUGGUGACAUAUUAAGCAGUUUUAUUGGCAUUGGAAAAGGUAUUUGUCCAUCUCAGCUGUCAUAUUACGCGCAAAAAUUUUAUUACUCAGUGCCAUUUGAAAUUUUUUUUUCUUGUGCUGUUAUAACACAGCAUAAUAAAGCACUUUUUAAAAACAUUACGGAACCUCAUUAAUGUCAGAAAAGUAGUAUGAUUCACUCUGCAGCUCGGUGAAAUCUUGGCAGCUAGUCUACUAUUGUUCUUUUUCACAUUUCUUAUGUAAAUGCAUAACUCAUUAUAUUUUUUACCAGUUUACCCACCAUCAAUUAUUUUUACUGUCUCACUUUCUCUUGAAAAUAAUUUAGAAAUUUCUUGGUUUUAUUUUCUGUCAAAUGGGUAUUCGUGUUACACUUAUCUAUAAAACUUGUAACUGUAGGAAUAGUGUAUAUUCUGAGAAUCCACAUCUACAGUUACUUUCCUGCUUGCUAUCAUCUGAAGUUGAACAGUAUCUUAACAAAGAUGCUGUACUAAAUGUCACACUAAGAAGAACCACAUUUGUUGUGAAUUUUUCAACACUUAGCGUUAGACAUGUUGCCAGAGCUUUUUUGUAGUCUGUUUCAUUAAAGUAUUUGCAUUGCUUGAAGAAAUACAGCAACCAACAAAGUAUAGCUUUAUUUUAUGGAAGGAUGCCUUUUUUGGCUUUCACCCAACUUCAACUAGUGUAUUACAUUUAUAUCUUCAUCAACAUAGUGUUUUUUUAUCAACUGAAUUUUAAAUUUCUGCAGCUGCCUUGUGCAAAAUAACAAUUUGUUUAGCUACCACAUUUCUUGAAUUUUCUAUUUAAAAUUAAUUGAUAAUUAGGUGUACUCAUUUUUAUUCUGUAAUUUGUGCCUCAUUUCUCCCCCUUCAUGUGAAUGGCACAACAAAAUUGUCUGGUUGCUGUACUUCAAGUAGUGAAAUCCACAGCCAUGGAGCUCAGUUACUAUUAACAUGGAUAAAUGAGUAUCUUCGAGCUUUCUUGAGUCUCUGAUAGAUAAUUUUAGUUUCUUUAGAACACAAUGAUGUAUUUCAUUUUAUGUAAACAAAUUGCUGCAUCUCUCCCCCCUCUCCCCCCCCCCCCCCCUCCGCUCUCUCUCUCUCUCUCUCUCUCUCUCUCUCUCUCUCUCUCUCUCUCUCUCUCUCUCUCUCUCGCUCUCGCUCUCGCUCUCGCUCUCCCCCUCCCUCCCUCCCUCCCUCCCUCCCUCCCUGCCUGCCUCCUUUUAUCUGCACCCUGCUGCCCCCCUUUAUAUUGAUUUAUAUUGUUUCAACAAUAUAAAAACACAUUGCUAAGAUCUGUUCAUGGGUAGAAACCCCUAAUAGAUCUGAAGUUACGAUUUUGGAAGACUUCCUCCAUGCAACGAAUGGAAGCUGCAGACAACUAACGUAACAUUUUUCUUGUUUUUUAUGUGAAACAUUUGAGAAUUUAUUGUAAUAUGACGUCGUAUUAUUAGUUUUCCAAAAUAUGCUGUGUAGUUCACAGAUAAAGAAAGACUAUCCCACCACUAGGGUUGUAACAAAAAAAUAUAUACAUAUUCCAGAUCUGUUCAUAGGUAGAAACCUCUAAUAGAUCUGAUAAAUACUGCUGUGCUGCAGAUUCUUUAUUUUUAUAGUAUACCGUUUGAUAUCUUCAUAAAUAUAUUGAGUCCUAAAUAAAUGAAAGAUGUCUGUUGUUUAUUGCCCAUCUAGAUGCUGGAACAUUAGUGGGCAAAUAGACAAUUCAUUGUGAUUGCUUAGUAGAGACUGAUAUGUAAUUGUAUUCUGUCUAGUAUGUUGUUUGUUAGUAGUAUACAUUUCAUGUAGCCUGAGUGUUAUUCACUCGCCUGCUUAUAAAGUACUUCUUCACUCAAUCAAUGUUAAUAUAAGUUGUUGACUGUUGCUUUGUUCAUAAUUAAAGAACUAUUAAAGAUACAGAAUGUAACAUCUGUUUAUACUGUUUUGUAAUGUGACAGGUAUGACAUAGGUGGUUGUUCACUGUCUCUGUGAUUUUUGACAACUGUGGCAAAAAUCUUGCCAGAAUAUGAAUUUUAACUGUAAUUUUGGAUAACCUGUUGGUACAGAAAAAAUAUUGACAAAUAACCACCAUGCUACAAAUGACAGCACAUCUGAAAAAAAUACAGUGUUUAUUAUGCAUACAAUUUUAUGUUAAAUAUCUGUAACUGAUUUAAAAAAAAUAUAUUUUCAUUUUAUUAUUA